ACUCUGCGUAAGAAAGGUUUAAACGGCUGCGACAGUCCCGACAUCGAGGCCGACGACUCGGCCGGUCAGAGCCCCGAGUCUGACGACAAAUACCGAAAAAUCAACGAGGACAUUGACCUGAUGAUCAACAGACAGAGACUCUGCCAGGGUCUGCCUCCCUCUAACUACGACAUGGGGGUCUCCCUCCCCGGUGGAAACCCCGGCGGCCUGCUGUACUCUCACCCCGCCGUCGGCUGCGGCCUCACCAACCACAACCUGCUGCCCGUCUCCCACACACACCAGACCCUGCAGAGGAACAGCAUGUCCCCCCAGAGACCCUCCAGCGGGGGCAAUGCAGGACUGAUGGGGUCAGAGCUGCCCGGCUCGGUGGUCUCCAGCGUCGUGAACGGCAGCUACAGCACUCACUGCUCCUCCCCCGGCCUCCUCUCUCCCGGAGGAGUCUCCAAGAACCUGCAGGAGAAGAGUCCACCUCACAUGAACCUGAGCCGCAAACCCGACCUGAGGACCCUGAUGCCCCCCUCCAACAAGUGCAGCAACAUGCCCGCCAUCUGUGAGGAUUUUGAUCUCAUGUUGAACCAGAGAAUAAACCACUCUCAGACGGCUCAGACUCUGUCCACUCCGGCCCUCUCUGCUCAGACUCUGCCGGGUCAGGGGAUGGGGGGGUAUCCGUCCUCGCUCUCCUCCUACGGCACAGAGUUCUCCCUGGGCGGAGACCUGUCCUCUCUGUCUGGGUUUGGAGGUUCUGGUCUGGGAUCCAUGACGAGCUGGCAGCAGAUCCAGAACCUGCAGCACUCGGCACUCGAACACAUGGGGAACUUGUGUCAGAACUCGAACCUGGACUUCACUCCUCAGCACCUCCACAUCAAGUCCGAGCCCGCCUCCCCUCCCAGAGACCGGAGCAUGAUGGGGGCAGGACUCGGAGGACUGGGAGGAGGCGUGUCCACGGUCGGUUACUCCUCCGCCGCGGGCCGGGGUCCCAACGAGCCCGGCCGCUCUCCCGGCGACAGCGCGGCGUCCAGCUGCGGGAGCUCGUACGAGGGCAGCGAGGAACGCGACGAUCAUCACCACGGCAACGACAACUACCUGCACCGGCCCAUGUCCAGUCAGGACGAGCGGCACAGCCCGUCGGUGAAGCGGAUGAGGCUAUCAGAGGGGUGGGCCACAUGAUGGGAGUGGCCUGCAGCCAGAGGGGGAGGGGCUUAGCAAAGUUACCUUAUAGUGUUAUUAUUAUUAUAAUUAUCAUAUUCUUCUGUACCGAGUGGGUGUGCUAAACGUGUAACAUGUACGUGAGGGGGCAGACGGUCUGGUUAAAAUCUUUACCAUCGUGUACUGAAGGUCAACCACACGAGGACGCCUGACAGACGAAGGUCAGGGUUCACUCAUCAACUGCUGACGAGUGACAAAACAAAGAAUACAAAUAUUAAUCUGCUGUUUUCUUCUCACAACAGAGAAACAUGACGAAUGCUAAAAAUGCAUAAUAUGACAGCCAAUCAGAAACAGCCAAUCAGAGACAAGGAUCUACCCGACGCCUACAACGGUCUUCUAACUGAAAUAUUUGUCAAAUUUUCCACAACUAAAGUUUUAAAGUAUGUGACAUCAUUCAGUAUUUCCCAGCUGCAGAGUUGCAUGAAAAAACCAAAACAAACUUUGAUUGUUAAAGAUUUAAAAACAGAAAGUCUGCAGAAAACACAAAUUUAAAUCGGAUGAUCUGAGGUUUCCAGGAAGCUCAUGGUGCGCUCCUUUAACCUCUGAUCUCAGAGCUGGGAAUGACGUCAAAUUCGAGGUUAACCGUGUUCCAGUUGCGAGUUGGCAACAAGCAACAUGGACGCACGUCGUGAUAGUUUGUGCUCAAUAAUGUGACAACAUGUUUACAGAUAGAACGUUACAGUUGAUGCACGGAGCAGCCAUGUUGGAUUUUAACUCGGGCUUCUGAAGGUUCUACGAGUUCCUGAGUCUGAAUUCCUGAUGACGUAUCAGACCGGCAACUCAGAAUUUCUGACUUCUGAGAUCAACUGGAGCGCAGAUUUAAAGUCUUAAUCUGUGAUUUGUCACACUUAAAUGUAGAAAUCCAGUAUCUCCUCUGAAAAUAACUCUGUGAGUCAUGACUGUCUACAAUGGGUGUAACACCCGAGUCCCACUGUCUGUGAUGUUUUCACAGUUUUCAGAGUCCUAUCUUCACUUUGUUUACAUCGCCCGGACGGCCGGCUGACUCCUCCCCUCGUGUAUAAAAGUUGUUUAAUUGAGGGACUAGAGAAAAGAAGAAUAACAUACUGUACUCACUGCUUAACUGUGUUUAAAAAAAGUGACCACAAGUAGGAAACAAACGAAUGUCUAACAUUUAAAUGUUUGUUAUGAUUUGCAUCCGAGCGCCACGUUUGAAAAUCGUUUUCUGUGAAAGAGCACGACGCUUCUCAAAGAAAUAAAUAACUGAAUCUUAGUCCCAUUAAUUAAACCGAGCGAGCUGACGCAGCUUUCUGUCAGAAGCGUUUGAAACGUCUUGAGGGAUUUGGACUUUGUCACUCAGCAGCAGUUUUGAUGAGUCGGCGUCCUCGGAGGCGAAAUGUGUUCGUAAACAGCCCGGGAGUUCGUACGUGUUCUGCUUGUUGUGUGUGUGUGUGUUGAGGGGGCCGGGGGAAAUCUACGUAAAUAACCGAUAUGUUCCAUGCACACUCUGCAUGUGCAAACAUGUAUGCAAACGAACACAAAGUGAAGAAGAAGUCUGGUACUCUGAACGUGAAGCUCCUGCUGAAAUCAAACGUGACACACGAGAGCGGGCGAGGCGGGGCGCGGCGCUCCGUCCACGCCGUGUUGCAGGAUCAACAUUUUUUAUAACACUUUAACACAAUUAAACAUGAAUGUAUGGAAGGCAAAGAGGGUCAAAAAUCAGGUAGAAAGAUGAAGAGGAAGUAUGGUGAGAGGAGGAAGAGGAGGAGGGAUGAAGAAGAAGAAGAUGGUGAGAGAGGAAAGAGGUUUCAGAGUGAGCGGCGAGGAAGUGAUUUUAAAAAUAAGUGUUCAGAGACGUGUACCAAAUAUUAACUAGACAAAAAAUGUAUGGAAGCAGAGAAAGGACAAAAUUCUUUCCUUUCUUUUUUAAAUUACAGAGAAAAGCGUUGAGAGAAUAUUUAGCAAAUGCAGCGAGAUAACCGGCAGUGAAGAACGAUUUGAAACUACAGAAACACGUGACGCGUCUUAAACCGCAUGAUUUCUAGAUCUGCCAGAAAGAGACGGGAGCAUACUGGUUGUACUACACCUCCCAGAAUGCACUGCAGCUCUCACACUAUCAAAUGUCAAAGCUAGCUAGCCAGCCAACGACAGUCGUACAAAAAAAGUAACCGUACUGUGAUAGGUUUUGUAUUUCAGCAAUUUAUAUUAAAAUACAAAAGUAGCUGAAUUCUAUUUACGGGCUGAUGGUCGGCCAUCUUUGCACGAGCUUCUCCGACGUAGCCCGGACAAGAAAUAUGUUGCGUGAGCCGUCGUUUAGUUUAAAGCUAACGGCAUACUCGAAGUUCUGAAGAAUUUUGGUCUUUUUUUGCUUCCAUACAAAUUAAAGAGCGUGCGUUAUUUUCCUCUCAAACGUUUAAAGCUUCUGUGGUUUUAAACAAACUGAAACUUGAGAGAGGGAGAGGGAGAGAGAGAGAGAGAGAGAGAGAGAGAGAGAGAGAGGUUGAGCAUGUACGCAUGUGCUGAAGGCUUCGCAGGAUUCGUCCAGAGUGGCGUUCGCACUCUUUAAAGCCAUAUCCAACAGGACAGAGAUGCUUUGCUGCACAGAGUUUAUAGUGUUUGUGGUUUUUUUUAACUCCUUAUUGUAUCAAAUUGAUAUUGUCGGAUAUUGUCUGCAGCUCUAUUUAAAUAAAAUAAAAAAAACAGAGAGACAUUUUCUAUUGAACGUUCAGGGAGGUUUGAGGUCACUUUAGAGUUUCCUGUUCAGCUGGCGUCGGGGGUGAAAACAAAGAGACAAUCUCAGAGCACAGAAGCACAACAUGCAGCCGUCCUCUGCAGUGACUGAGUGGUCAGUUAAAACAGACUAUGCAGCCGUGGAAAGAAACUCAGAUCCUUCACUGAAGUACUACUCGUACAAAAAUCCUUUCUCCAGUGCAGAUCCAUCAAUCAGACUUCAAAUAUUCUGCUGAUCCCCUUUUUAAAAUUCAAAUGUCAUAAUCCUGGACGUCUAAACUAAACGUGGUCAAAGUUUCAGAUCAUGAGGUAAACGUAUGUUGGAGUAAUCCCAGGAUGAGUCUGCAGAGGGCGCUAAACGCCUCGUUCUGUAAAUCACGCCAUAGCUCCCCGAUAUGAAACCAAGAAUUUCCCCAGACGGCUUCAAGACUCUGAAACCUCUUACAUAGACUCUCUUCUCCCAGACCUGGAGAGCAGCCCUCCCCUGGCAGCCCUGCAGCGUUCUGCCCUCCACGUAGGGCUUCCAGAAAGCCGGCCAAUCAGAAGAGAGUGGGGCCUUAAAGAGACAGCAGCUGAAACAAAGAGUUUCAGGCAGAGGCUGAAUCUUCAGAGUUUUCUUUGAUUUAAAAAAUGUGUAAAACACUCCAGGAGGAACCGACCAGGAAGUGGAUGUGUGGUUUUAUAUUUUUUGUGGACACUAAUUCGGUUCAAGCUGCAGGAAUUUAGUUUUUGCUGUAAAAAAUCUUGUCACACAAACAAAAUAAACUAAAGCUGUCUCAUGACUUGGUGCAUGAAAAAUUAAAUAUUCCCCUGAGAGGUUUGACGGACGUAUGAAUGUAUUUAGACAAAGUGAUCUGAGUGUCUUUUCUGCUGAGGUUUUUGCAUCGCUCUGUGCCUCGUACCUCCGCAACUCCGACGCCACAAGAAGCCGAACAGAAUCUUCUCACGUCCACUUUUUUUUUUUUAAAUCGGCAGCAGACAGAGCGGUGGCUGAGGGUCGUUCACAUUUGAAUAUUUUGGUUUAAAAAAUGUAUAUCUGGAGCUCAGACCCUCAGCCACUGUCAGCAGUCUGCCCAACCCCCCCGUUAGCGAAUAAAUUCUCUGAUUCAGCCCCCGUUAGCUAGCUGCACUAGCUGCCUUGUAGUUAGCCGUGUGUUCAAGGGCAGAGCCCACGUGUUGUUUUUCUUUCUGCACUCCUUUCGUUUACGACGUUGUCUCCGGGUUCAGACUCGCUGAAACACACCCGUCUGGUCUGAGCCGCUUGUGGGGGGGGGGAGCCAGGAGCUCGUCCUCCGGCUCCGGGUGGAGUCGACCGCGAGCGGGUGGCGUUGAAGGAGGAGUGUCAACUAACCAAAGUGUGUAAUAGCCUGUUUAUGGUGUUUUUUGGUUUGAUUCUUUAAUGAGUAACUGCCUGAUGAGAUGAUUUAAUUUGUAUCUGGAGACAUCGGUGAAUGUCCUGUUCUGUAAAUUUCCCCUCCUGAAAUGCUUCUAAUAAUAACUACGAAUAUAAUAUUCUUAAAAAGAGAUUGUUAGCGGCAUAAGCUGGCCUUUGUCGCCACUUUGGAGACAAUGUUCCUCGGAAUAAUAAAAAAACAACAAACUGUUGUUGCAGUCAGAGAUCAUGUACAGCAAAGUCACUCGCUCACGAAUGUGCUAGUAUUUGUAUUUUGCAGAAAAAUGUACAAAAAAUAUACAGGCUCUGUUACAAACGUC